AUGUGGCCGGAUGCAGAUUUUGUCACCUGGGCUGCAACCAAUCUGCAAAGUAGCUUAUUUUCCACGGAAAUUCCGUGGAGAUUCCGUGAAAAUCUCUGCCGGCCACCGAAAGUGAGUCGGAUUGACCGGCUUAUUCCCGAUCCUAGAACUAAAUUAUUAAGUAACUAA